CCUAUCUAGACUCCUAGAGUCUUAGGUCUGUGGACUGUCGAGUGGCGGGAGGACCCCGGCUUAUAGCGGUCCCCGUUUUAACUCCGGGGCGAUUCCCAGCCCCGGUCAUCGGGCCGGGCUACCCGUCCUUCCCGUCUUAGCUAUGAGCCUAUGACGGGACCUGCGCCAGUUGUCCCCAAUCCGCUCCACAGAGCGGCGUCCCCCCACCAUCUGGAGUUUGGCCGCCCAGUUCGCGCUUCGACCUUGGAACCUGCAGGAACUUGCAUAAAGCUAGGUUGCUCUUCUUUGUUACCCCCGGAGGUGCGGGGCUAUGGUACCUUAUGGUGCCCAUCAACGUCAUUACACUACAUAGAAGCGUGGGAUGGAGAGCCCAAAUCCGUCAGAGCCAGCUCGUAAAGUAUGUAAUACAAACAGGCACCAGAAUGAUGGAGAAGACUGCAUUGGAACGGAUAGGAAUCGGCUCUCCACCGUUCGUGGGAGGAGAAAGUGGGGGUUGACUAAGAGAGGGGCUCCAAGCCUUAUAAAUCAUGUUGAACUGCCCUUCCAGUCGUCGUUGAUUCUCAAUCAUCCAAACUUUCUGUUGUCUUUCAUGUUGCCUGUCUCACGCGCAAUCUCCAGAAUACCGAGCAUCACAAAAACCACCAGACAUUUCUUCAGUAAAACAAACACCAUGGCUCCUCUCAGCAAGACUCACAAGCUCAACACGGGCGACGAGAUCCCCGCCGUUGGCCUCGGGACCUGGCAGUCCAAGCCUGGUCAGGUCGAGAAGGCCGUCGAGGCUGCCCUACGUGCCGGCUAUACUCACAUCGACACCGCGUAUGCCUACGGUAACGAGAAGGAGGUUGGCCAAGGCAUCAAGGCCUCCGGCGUCCCACGCGAGAAGAUCUGGCUUACCACCAAGCUGGACAACGACUGGCACAAGCAUGUCGCCGAAGCUAUCGAUACGUCGCUCAAGAACCUGGACACCCCCUACGUUGACCUCUACCUGAUGCACUGGCCCGCCAGUCUUGUCAAGGGAAACACCAAGGAGGUGUACAACGACUGGGACUUUGUGGACACCUGGCGCGAGAUGCAGAAGCUGGUUGACACCGGCAAGGUCAAGAACAUUGGUGUCAGCAACUUUGGAGUCAAGAACCUAGAGAAGCUUUUGAGCGCCGAGAGCACCAAGAUUGUUCCGGCCGUUAACCAGAUUGAACUUCAUCCUGGUAACCCAUCCCCCCACCUCGUCGAGUAUCUGCGCUCGAAGGGCAUUCAUGCUUCGGCCUAUUCGCCCCUCGGUAGCAGCGAUUCGCCGCUUUACAAGCUUAACAGCCUCACCAAGCUCGCCGAGUCCAAGGGCAAAACUGUGCAGCAGGUUCUCCUUAGAUGGGGUGUCCAGAAGGGCUGGAGUGUGCUGCCUAAGAGCGUCACUGAGGAGCGUAUCAAGGCCAACAUUGAUCUCGAGGGCUGGAGCUUGACCGAUGAGGAGAUUGCUCAGAUUGAUGAGGUUCACAAGGAGAACAGCUUCAAGGUCUGCGGCGAUGACUGGUUGCCUGUUAAGAUCUUCUUCGGUGCUGGUGACAGUGACUAAACGUCGUACACCGUGCAGCCAAGAGGAUGCUGGCAAGAUAUUCCCCCCAUAGAUGAAAAAUAAUGAAUAAUGACAUCAGAA